CAGUCUCCGUGUCUUGGUAUUGCCAGUUCCUUCUGCCUGGAAUGCUUCCUCAUCUUAGUUUCUUUCCUGCCCAGCAGCUUUCCAUGUGUUCUCCAGAACUAGCUCCAAGGGCACCACUUCUCUGCUUCCCAGUAUUUCCUCAGACACAUAAAUUCCUCAUCUAUGCCUGCCUGCUGCUGUUCUCUGUGCUGCUGGCCCUUCGUUUGGAUGGCAUCAUUCAGUGGAGUUACUGGGCCGUCUUUGCUCCAAUAUGGCUGUGGAAGUUGAUGGUCAUUGUUGGAGCCUCAGUUGGAACGGGAGUCUGGGCACGAAAUCCUCAAUAUCGAGCAGAAGGAGAAACGUGUGUGGAAUUUAAGGCCAUGCUGAUUGCAGUGGGCAUCCACUUGCUUCUGCUAAUGUUUGAAGUUCUGGUCUGUGACAGAAUCGAGAGAGGAAGCCACUUCUGGCUUCUGGUCUUCAUGCCACUGUUCUUUGUUUCCCCGGUGUCUGUUGCUGCUUGCGUUUGGGGCUUUCGACAUGACAGGUCCCUAGAGUUAGAAAUCCUGUGUUCUGUCAACAUUCUCCAGUUUAUAUUCAUUGCCUUAAGACUGGACAAGAUCAUCCACUGGCCCUGGCUUGUUGUGUGUGUCCCCCUGUGGAUCCUCAUGUCCUUUCUGUGCCUGGUGGUCCUCUACUACAUCGUGUGGUCCGUCCUGUUCCUGCGCUCUAUGGAUGUGAUUGCAGAACAGCGCAGGACACACAUCACCAUGGCCCUGAGCUGGAUGACCAUCGUCGUGCCUCUUCUGACUUUUGAGAUUCUGCUGGUUCACAAACUGGACGGCCACAACGCCUUCUCCUGUAUCCCGAUAUUCGUCCCUCUGUGGCUCUCGCUGAUCACUCUCAUGGCCACCACGUUUGGGCAGAAGGGAGGAAACCACUGGUGGUUUGGCAUCCGCAAAGAUUUCUGUCAGUUUCUGCUUGAAAUCUUCCCAUUUUUGCGAGAAUACGGAAACAUUUCCUACGAUCUCCAUCACGAAGACCACGAGGAAACGGAAGAAACCCCAGUUCCGGAACCUCCUAAAAUCGCCCCCAUGUUCCGAAAGAAGGCCAGGGUGGUCAUUACCCAGAGCCCUGGGAAGUAUGUGCUCCCACCUCCCAAGCUAAAUAUCGAAAUGCCAGAUUAGAUGCCACGUGCGGGGACGAGCUUCAGGGGAUCGGGACGUGCGCUCUCUCCGCUUCCUCCGCCUCCUUGUUCACCCUGCAACCUGGGGCCGGAACUGGGGCUGGGCCUCCAGGGAAGUCCGUCUCAGCCUGGUUUGCGCCCAGCGCCUGUCAGCCACUCACCACGAUGGGGCGCAGAGGGGGCAGGUGACUGGGUGGGUGUCAGCGACCCUGGAUGCCAGGGAG